GAGAGGAAGGCGCACACCGACCGCAGCAGCAGCAGCAUGAGCAGAUAGGCAAGCGGUCCAGACCACCUUCUGCGCCGCCGCGCCUCUGUGCCUCUGUCCGCUCCUGGGCUCCGGAGUUUUAUACUUUUUAUAAAGCCGAGGAAAACCCCGAUUCAGCUUCAGCAACAGCGAGCCGGUUGUGUCUACUCUGCGGUUCAGCGCGCUGAUCAGACAUGGUGGACACCCAGCAGCUCCUAGCUUGGCCUGUCGGUUUCAGCCUGAGUACAGUGGACCUGCCAGAGCUGGACGACAGCCCCCACUACCUCGACAUGAAACAUUUGUCAGACUAUGCCUCCAUUUCCUCCUCCUCCAUCCCUUCCUCCUUGUCUCCCCCACUUGUAUCCUCCAUCUCAUCUGCUGGCUUGGCCUACGACAUCAGUCCUCCGCUCAGUGAAGAACAUUUGACGAAUAUGGACUACACAAAUAUGCACAGCUACAGGACAGAGAUGGAGACACACAACCCAAUUAAGAUGGAGCCAGAGUCACCUCCACAGUAUUCUGACAACCCUUUGUUCUCCAAGUUCCCAGACGAUGCAUCACCUUCGGCAUUGAACAUCGAGUGUCGCGUGUGCGGAGACAAAGCCUCGGGGUUUCACUAUGGGGUCCAUGCCUGUGAGGGCUGCAAGGGUUUCUUCAGACGCACAAUCAGGCUAAAGCUGGUAUACGAUCACUGUGAUCUUCACUGUCGCAUUCACAAGAAGUCACGCAACAAAUGUCAAUACUGCCGUUUCCAGAAGUGCCUCAAUGUUGGGAUGUCACACAAUGCCAUUCGUUUUGGCCGAAUGCCUCAGGCAGAGAAGGAGAAGCUGUUGGCUGAGUUCUCGUCUGACAUGGAGCACAUGCACCCGGAGGCUGCAGAUCUAAGGGCUCUGUCCCGGCAUCUGUAUGAAGCCUAUCUGAAGUAUUUCCCCCUUACCAAAGCCAAGGCCAGGGCAAUCCUCUCUGGGAAGACGGGAGAAAAAGUGCCUUUCAUCAUUCAUGACAUGAAGUCUCUAAUAGAAGGGGAGCAAUUCAUCAACUGUAGGCAGAUACCAGCCCAGGAACACCAGCUGAUGUCCACCGUUACAGUUGGAGGAAUCCCAGGAGCCUACUCAGGGUCAGAUUAUGGAGCUUUGGGAACGGGGAUCAACGGAUUGACACCUGAUGGGGCGGAGCUACGUUUCUUCAAAAGCUGUCAGUCACGCUCUGCAGAAGCAGUAAGAGAAGUGACAGAAUUUGCAAAGAGCAUUCCAGGAUUCAUCAAUCUGGAUCUCAAUGAUCAAGUGACGUUGCUGAAAUACGGAGUGAUUGAAGUUUUGAUCAUCAUGAUGUCGCCUCUGAUGAACAAGGAUGGCACCCUGAUCUCCUACGGACAGAUCUUCAUGACGCGGGAGUUCCUCAAGAGUCUCAGGAAACCUUUCUGUCAGAUGAUGGAGCCAAAGUUUGAGUUUGGAGUCAAGUUUAACACUCUGGAGCUGGAUGACAGUGACAUGGCGCUGUUUUUGGCUGUUAUUAUCCUCAGUGGGGACCGGCCCGGCCUGCUGAACGUGAAGCCCAUCGAGCAGCUUCAAGAGACAGUGCUCCAUUCGCUGGAGCUGCAACUGAAGCUCAGCCAUCCAGACUCCCUGCAGCUGUUUGCCAAGCUGCUCCAGAAGAUGACGGACCUGCGUCAGAUAGUCACUGACCAUGUGCACCUCAUCGAGCUGCUGAAGAAGACCGAGGUGGACAUGCUCCUACACCCUUUGCUGCAAGAGAUCAUGAAGGACUUGUACUAGAGCUCAAAAGGAAAAGAGGACAAGCGCUGUAAUGUGAAGAAAAACCAAGACUGUUAAAUCAUGAAUUGAAAUUAAUCAUUUACCAGAAGGUGGAGAAGAACAGGAACACAAAAAUCAAGAAAA